AUGGCAUCGCAGAAAUCCGUAACGGAGGUGCCCCGUUCCAUCCUCCCCCGUCUUACCUGGAACGGCUCCUCUGCCCGCACCACCGUCACUCCUCCCCAGACCACCGCCCUUCCAGCAAAACGCCAACAAAAGCAGCAUCCUGGACGGAGCUGGAUCCCUGCCGGACGGCAACUGCACACAUUGACCUUUUCACCCUCCUCCCCGUUCGGAUUUCUCGCAGUAUCCCGAGAAGUUGGCACGUCAUCAUCGAUCGCAAGACGGUUUCCCUUAGCGGGCAAAGCGACCAGUCGACCAACCGCGGAGCCCCUCGGGAACCCUAUCCGACACAACGGUGUCUAUGUGGCUACUUUCAACCCUGCUCGGAGGGCUUUCCAUGCGUCUGCCCCGCAUCAACGGGACCACCACUUUGAUACACUGAAAUUUGUUCAACGUUUGAAGGAUGAAGGGUUCAGCGAAGAGCAGGCCGUUGCCAUGAUGAGGGUCCUGAACGACGUCAUCCAAGAGUCGAUCCAGAAUCUGACUCGGACCAUGGUGCUUCGGGAAGAUACGGAAAGAUCAGCCUACACCCAGAAAGUUGACUUCGCCAAAUUGCGCUCCGAGCUACUCAACGCAGACUCUACUGAAGCACAGCUGACUCGCUCGUCGCAUGAAAAGAUCGCUGCAGACCUCGCCAAGCUCAAUUCGCGCCUACGCGAUGAGAUCGGGCGCACGCAAGCGUCGGUUCGUCUUGAUCUGAAUCUUGAGAAAGGCCGUAUCCGGGAGGAAGCCAAUGGCCAAGAAAUGAGAAUAAAGGAGACCGAAACAAGGAUUGAGCAGGAGGUGGCGGGGUUGAGGGAGCGCGUGGAGGCCGUCAAGUUCUCCACGUUACAAUGGCUCAUGGGUGUUUGCACCGGUACUGCCGCACUGAUUCUUGGUGCCUGGCGUCUUUUCAUGUGA